AUGCUCUCCGUGCCGCGGAUCGCGCUCCGCCGCGGCACCUAUGCGAUAGAAGCGGCUUGUCGUGCAGGAGUUUUCAGGGCGCAGCAGGUGAGGUGCAUAUCUGCAAAGGAUGUUUUCGAUUACGCUGCUCAAGCAGCACCUGACAUUCCUGCUAUGCCAAUACCACCACCACCUGCAAGAUCCGUAGCAGAAAUGGUUGAGGCCGGAGAGUCGGUUCUUAGCGAAUUAGGACUUAUCUCAUGGUGGAAGCCGUCGAGUUAUUUUCGCAUGGCGCUGGAAGCCAUACAUAUGCAUGCAGAUAUCCCAUGGUGGGCCACUAUAGUCUGUGCCACCGUUGCUCUUCGGCUUGCCUUGAUCAUCGUUCCCAUCAUGUCUCAACGACUGGUCGCUAAACAGAGUCAGUACAAGAAGGAACUGGAUGAAUUUCGAGCACGUCUGGAGGAUGCUCGCAGGGAGGGAAAUAAUUUGCUGCAACAGCAAAUUUUUUUGGAGCAAAGGGACUUUCUGAAGUCGAAAGACAUACGUCUGGGACGGCAGUUCUUCAUCCUUCUAGCAAACGGAGCUGUUUUUGCUACACAAUUCUUCGCAAUCCGACGGAUGGUUGAUGUCAACUACCCUGGCCUUUCGACUGGAGGCACGGCGUGGUUUCCAGACUUGACCGUCACUGAUCCUUACUAUGCUCUACCUCUUAUUAGUGCAGUAACGAUGGGCCUAGUCACUCGAGUUGGCAUAGAAAUGGGCACUUCUGCUGACCAGAUGACUCCAGGAAUGCGGAUAGGAAUGCAAUAUGUUCUACCGAUUAUUAUAUUUGGUGUCAGCUCGCAAUUUGCUACGGGCUUGUGCGUUUACUGGUGUGCCUCCAAUUUUAUUUCACUUCUAUAUGCGGGUGCAUUUCGAACACCUGCGAUACGUAAAUUGUUCAAUAUACCGCCAUUGGUUAUACAACCAAAAUCCAAGAAGCCCAAAAACUCGUUCAAGGAGCUUAUGGCUGGUUAUAAAGCUAAUAAGUCAAUACCUCCAACAUUUGCACAACUCAAAGAGCAAGAUCUCCAACAAUUCAAGAAAGCUGGUCGAGGCAAGCCGAUAGUGAAGAGUUAGUUUGCUACCUGAGCAAUCAUCCUUUGUAUAGCUAGGCUUAGAUAGUGUGAUUAGACUAGAUGCUCAGAGCUACCUAAUUUUUUUCUUGUUUUCUGUAUUGUUCUUAAUGACAUGUUGUUGACAGCUGCACAUAGUUUGACUGUACUCAUUGAUUGAAGUUCGACUUACUGAUUAUCUUGAUAUGUUCUGUUAUGACGAAGUUGUUAUGCGGCUGUAUGAAUAAAUGAAUUUUGUUGUUCAAGCAUCUCAUAUCAGAGAGAGAUGAUAGUCUUUGAACCCCAAAUUUUGCUUGUAGUAUUUGAGUAGGGUUGAAAGUGCUUAGUUAUUCAGAAUAAUUCUUACAGAAUAAGUAUUUACCAGAGAUUCUAUUUAGGAAUAUAUCUUGUUCCUGUAGUUCACUUCCUCUAUACUGGGGUCACUUUAUCCUAUCUAUAAAUUUGGAUUGAUAUCUAC